AUGAUUCAAGCAUCAAAACAGAUACUGCUGCUUUCAGCUGGAGAACAAGUCAACUCAUCAAGUUACUUUUGCAUUCAAGAUAGUGAUGCUGUACUGUCUGAGAAACCGAAAUGGGGGGUCUCUUUUGACCUUGCUGAUUUUGUCCAUGAUGGACAUUACCCCUCCGUUGCCAAGAAUAAUGAAUUGAGCAGCAUCAAAUCUGGAACUACUACAUCGCCAGAAAUAUUGAGCACGACUGAGCUUGUCUCUGCAGUUGGGCAGAUUUGGAAUCUUUUGAAUCCUGAUGCUGUUUCUGAAGCCAAGGAUCAGAAAAAUGUCAUCUUGAAUGAUCUGGGUGGGGCAGGGUUUGGCAGGGAAGCUAUUCUAGAUGAUUAUACUAAAUAUUUUUGUGUUGAUAAAAGAACCGGUAGCCAUGUUACACAGAUGGUACAGCCAAAGUUUGAGUUUCUUAAAGUAACUCAGAAGAUGUUGAUGUUUGAACCUUGUAGUAGAAAUUAUAGCCGUUUGCUGUUCUGGCGGUUUUUGAACAGAGGUACGAGCUCGCGGAAUGAGUCUUGGGAGGGAAAGGGUCUUGCAACUGCGGGUAUUGCAAAUGAAUUGGAUAAGAUAUAUGGCUGGAUGAAGGAACUGAUUCCUGCUGGAUCAAAAGAUCUUGUCAACUUCAGUGAGAUUGAGGACAAGAAGACCAGUAAAAGCAGCACUUCAGGAAGCACAAUCAGCAGCAUAGAAGGUUGCAUCUCCAGAAAUCCAACUAAUCCUGCAAAUAACUUAGCUUCUAGAACUGCUGACUGUUAUUCUGAUUCAGUCAAAUCAGAAGAGGCAGCAUUGUGUGAUAAUGCAAGAGCAGUGACUAUACAAAAAUCCAGCUCUCUGUGCUCUGACUAUUUCCUUGGGGCUCUCCAGGAUAUUAAUGUCAAUGGUAGUGCUUCAAGAGCUCCAAAUUCUAUUCUUUGUACUGAUUAUCAUAUUAACUGUUUAGCACAUUAUAAGAGUACAUAUGAACAUUUCAAAAACACUGGUGAUUGUAACGUGCCUGAAAAUGCAAGAGAAGAAAAAUCUCAUAACAUUGACACUGAGGACACAAAUGGAAUACAAAUUCAGUCAUCAGCACGUGAAAGCCCUCAGCAUGCCUUUGCUAAGCAAGAGCAUGCUUUUGCGGGUGCAUUUGCUGGUAUUUUUGUUAGCCUUUGUCUGCAUCCUAUAGAUACAGUAAAGACAGUCAUCCAGUCUUGCCCUGCAGAGCAGAAGUCUAUCUCCUACAUUGGCAGAUCUAUUGUUUCUGAAAGAGGUGUGACCGGGCUUUAUCGUGGAAUAGGUAGCAAUAUUGCAUCAUCAGCUCCAAUUUCUGCAAUUUACGCUUUUACAUAUGAAUCAGCAAAAGGAUAUUUGCUUCCUCUGUUUCCCAAGGAAAAGGAAUAUCAUUCUUUUGCCCACUGCAUUGCAGGCGGUUGUGCAAGCAUUGCAACUUCCUUUGUUUUUACUCCUAGUGAACGUAUAAAGCAGCAGAUGCAAAUUGGUUCUCACUAUAACAAUUGCUGGAAUGCACUAGUUGGAAUAAUUGGAAAAGGUGGUUUCCACUCAUUGUACACAGGUUGGGGAGCUGUACUCUGUCGGAACAUUCCACAGUCAGUGAUCAAGCUAGUUUGUGGAGGACUAGCAGGAUCUACUGCUGCCUUAUUUACAACUCCUUUUGAUGUGGUGAAGACAAGAUUACAGACACAGAUUCCUGGAUCCAUGAGCCCAUAUGGAAGCAUAUUUCAUGCACUUCAAGAAAUAGGCAAGAAUGAAGGUUUGAAGGGCCUAUAUAGGGGAUUAACUCCAAGAUUGGUUAUGUACAUGUCUCAGGGAGCACUAUUCUUUGCAUCAUAUGAAUUUUUGAAAAGAAUAUUUUCUUUAGAGGUGCCACUAUUUAAUGCUCCAAGUAUUCAGUACAUAGAAAAGAUUGAAGAUGAUUCAGCAUCUUUGCCAGUAGCAUCAUAA